AUGAACGACGAGGAGGUCAGUACGCCCCAGGGGGAAAACCUUGACAAAGCGGGAAUGCAAAGCGGAGGCGAACUCGGAAAAGACGGCGUAACGGAUCAAGGCGGCACCCAAGGGAGAGAUGAGUUAAACGGACCAUCGAGCAUGAUGAAGCAGGAGGAGGACGGAACUGGCAAGGAAAAAACCAAUCCAGGAGAGGACCCCCUCGACCCUACUCGCAGCAACGCGUGCACAGCUUAUGAUAACAAAAGAAUAGAGUUACCCAUCAUGGAGGAGCACCCAAAUGGGAUAUGCCAAUUCGACACUGAGGAAAAUUACCCCCAGAGAAAAGACCAAUCAAAUAACGUGGAGGUUGAAGAAGGUCCAACCGGUAAUAACUCCAUUGAUAAUAGUUCGCUCUACGUGAGCCACCGUGCGGAUGUGAGGAUAAACCAUGUGGAUAUCAGUCAAAUGGGGGAACCUUCCAGGGCAGAAUGGAUAGAGCCAAAUGGUGAAGAAGGAAAGGGGGGUAUUCCCCUGAACGGGGCGACCAACGGGGAAGGCGGAGCAAAGGCUGAACAAAUGAAUCCGUCAGAAAAGCUCCCUGCGGAUGCGAAUAUGGAGCCAAGUGACGGCACAGUGAAGCAGCCGCUGCAAAUGCAACCGGUCUGCAUGCGGCCGUCGAACACCUUCCUGCGAAACAUCGUAAAGAAAAAAUCCGCUAACACGAAAAAUAGCAUCCACAAUUUGAAUUUUGCAAAUGUGAAUUCGAUGACCUUCGAUCCGGGCUACUCUAGCAAAGGGGCAAAGCUUCCUGUCGGUGGGUCGGGUGCACCUACGUGUGACGGGUCAGCGAUCAAAAAUACUCAGCUGCCAAGUGGAGGCACCAUGACAUACUCCAAUGACAUUGUGGAGGAAGACCUCCAUCAUAUUUACACUCUCCUAAAUGGGGAGCUAACCAGGUCGCCAGACAACGAUAAAGAGAUUCAUCGAGUGAAGGACGAAAUUAUUAGUCUGCAUAGGAACAACCCAACUGAAGUACUCACCCUGGAACGGUGCUAUUCCAGUGUAAGAGCGAAUAGGAAGCUAAUCGAUGUUCUGUUUGGCUUGCUAGGAGGUGAUACUGUGUGGAGUCAUACCAAAUGGGACUCUCCCUUCAGCCAGGGAGCGCCACUGGAUUAUUUAACCUACGAAUCGGUUAACAGUAUGCAUCAGGGGUGGAGACAAGACGUUGCAAGUUUGGGGGCAGCCCAGAGGAGCGUCCUCCCGUUGAACCAGAUUGACCGAUCAGCUAGCCACGAAAGGGGAGUUAGCCAAAACGGAGAAACGGAAGAAAAGAAGAAAAAGGAAGACAUUGCCAGCUUCGCUGCGAGUCAGUAUGCCAACAUGACGGGGCAGCCACUGACCACUGGGGGGGCAGUAGUAGUACCAAGAGGAAAGGCCGCCGCCAAUCAGUGGAAUGUUCUCCCCCCUCAGGAACCGCAUACCCAGGGGGGAUUAGACACAUGGAUUUCCCCCCCUGCCAUGAUGUACGGCAAGCAGGGCGAGGCAGAACGGACGGUGGGUGCCACCCCAUGGGUAGCAAGCGGAAUGAAGGACUAUACCCCCCAUGGGAACAUCUUCCCCUGGUUAAACCAAAAUGUGCAAACAAAGAAUGAAAAAUGUAGAGGAAGCCCCCUCGACGUAAAUCAUUACAACCCCCUGUCAGAGGGAGGAAAAAACUCCAUGGAGUGCAAUAACACCGGGGAAGCAUCUCGACCAAAUCAGCCCCAACAGCCGGAGCAUCCAGUGAGCAACUUAUACACAUGUGUAGGCUGCAAAAAGGUGUGCACUCACGUGUACUACAUUCUAAAACCGAACAACAUCAAGAAAAUCUCCUACGGAGUUCUGGAUAAAUGUGUCUGGUGCAGUGUCUGUUUCAAUUCGAGUAAGUACCCGAGCAUCCUAAACAGAUCAAAUUUCGUCAAAGUGAACGUACCAUACAGCUUUCCUUCCAACGAUUGGACUGUUACUGAGAUGGAGAAACUCAUCGAUGCCAUUGGCAAGUAUAAAAAUAACUGGGAAAAAAUCAGUCAAUCGGUAGGCACCAGAAGUCCAUAUGAAUGUGUCUUUAAAUUCACCUCCAUGCCACUCUCCAAUCCAUACUUCGACAUCGACAAUCUUCUUAAUAUCAACAAUGUGUCGUUGAAAUCGUUUAAACAGAAUAAUACUCUCCUGUCUCUACUCUCCUUCAUUUGCAAUUAUAUCAGCCCGUACAUCGGGGCCUACGCGGCGAAGAAAAUCGUAGACUUCAUUCUUAAUAAACAGCGAGAGUGCGUCGCCAGGGUAAAGGAGCGCGAGGAGAAGGAGCAGCACAUGAAGAAAGAGCAGUGGGAGAAGAGGGAAAACCCGGAACUUCAAACGGGGGAAAUCAAGAUAGGGAGUCUCCAAGCCGGACAGUCUGGGGGGAGACAACCCCGUUGCGAAGACCUCUCCCCAGCUGAGGAGCCAAAGGGGGAAGAUCCAACUGAAGCAAAUUCGACUGCCGAGAAGCUGCCAGACGUCAUCCCUGCAGAAGGAGCCCCCGAAGGGAAGGCGCACGAAGAGGGAGAAGCGAAGGGCCUGGGAGCCAUCGCCGAGGAGCAGCACCAGGAUAUUUCCAACACGGGCAACCAGGGGGCAGCCCCGAUUGUGACAGAAGCGGCAAACGCGACGGGGGCAGAAGUGUCAAACGCGGCAGAAACAGCUGAAGCAGAUACAGCUAAAGCAGAUACAGGAAACCACCAAAUGAGCAGGAGCGCCAAGAUUGAAGCCGAAAGAGACGACCCGAGCUUCCCCCCCGGUGGCAACCUUGACUUCGUACCACUCAACAUUAACCCCCCGCCAAAGGACAGUGCCCCCUCCACGUACAUACUCAAUGAGAAGGACAUGCAGGAAAUACACAACACAAUUAUUAACGCCUCGAAGAAGAGGGCCCGCGAGCUCGCAGAACUCGAGAGGCACAACAUUAGGAAGCUGCUGAAGGAGCUCGCCCUGAUAAGCACCAGGAAGGUGAAGCUAAAGCUAGAGCAGUACCAGUAUCUGCAAAAUUAUUUUGACAUACAGAAUCGGCAGAUGGAGCGGAAGAGAGCGCGCCACGGCGAUGAAGAGAGGACGGAAAAAAACGAACAAAAAAACGAGGCAAACGGACAAAGCGAACAGAAUGAAGAAAAUUGGAAGCAUCCACAGAGUGAGCAGAUUGGGCAGGAUUCACACGACGCGCUGGAUGGGCAGAGUCAAAGGGAACUGCUCGGACAGACUGAGCCGCAGGCACCAGACGAGAGCCAAAUGGCGCUGUAA